GUGUAGCUGUCUUCCAGCCGCUAUCAUGCAAGAUGGACAGCGAUGACAUUGCAAUCGAUCCCGAUCUACUGAGAGAGGGAAGAGACGAGUCAGAUGAUGUCGAUACAUCGUCGUCCGAGGAGGAGCUGGAAGAGUCGAGUGGAUUAGAGGACAAUGAUGCAGAUGAUGCGUACAUUGACGACGACGACGACGAGGAGGAGGAGGAGGAGGAGGAGGCGGCGGCAUCGGCACGUCCUGUGGAGGAGGAUGCGAUCUUCAAUCGACUUACUGGGCUCAUGACACAAGAAGGGGGCCAGACUAUGAGCUUGGAGGAUCAGAUGAUCUUGGCGGAGACGGAGGAGAUGGAGGAAGAGCUACCGAGGACGAGAUCACGGAAACGAGGUAACAAUAGACGGCUCUUGGGCCAAGCCAAUAUGGCUUACGUCCAGGGCGAAUCCCAACAUGCCAUUGACCUGUUCUUUGAGGCAAUUCGAUAUGACCCCUAUGUCAUCUCCGCUUGGACGACUCUCGCAGCUAUUUACAGUGAGAUUGGGAACGUAGAAGCAGCGAGAAGCAUGAGGUUCUUCGCGGCACACGUGGAAGACGAUGCUGGAACAUGGCGAGAGCUCGCUCAGGAAUUCAAGGAACUCGGUCAGCUCGGUCAAAGUGUACAUUGUCUUCGCAAAGCGUUGAGGAAGGAACCCGACGAUGUAUCCAUGCUGUUCGAGCUCGCCAAUAUCUACAGACAACAAGGACAUGCGUCGAAAGCUGCAGACAUGUUCAACCGUUUGAUCAAGUCGCACAAACCGGCAGGAACCGAUUUCACCUUUCUAUCUCAGCUCCAUUCAACACUUGUGUCCCUCAAUGCGACUGACAUCGCGGCUUCGGCGUACAGGGUUGCGUUUGACUACCACCUUUCCAAGUUGACUCCGCAGAGUCCUUCGAGCACUUUGAAUCUCGAACAUAUAGGCAGCCUCACGGACGAUCUCCUCCUACUGGACGAACUUGAGGAGGCUCUCGGCGUUAUUCGACGAGGGCAGCGGUGGCUUCAAGGGAGGCAAGAUGAGAUACAUUGGGAUUCCAUAGAAGAUGAUAGGGAAUACGAUCCACCCGGAACGAAGCGGGGAGAGGAUGUCGAGGAAUUCUUGUCGGAGGGUCACCCAUUAGAUACAGGCUUGAGGCAUCGUCUUGCGCUUGUUCGUCUUAGGCUUGGCGAUGAUGAGGAGGCGAUGAUUCACGUUGACGAGAUCCUCUCAUUGGAUGUCGUACAAUAUUCCGACCUGUUCAUGGAUCUGGGCAACGCAAUGAUAAAACGAGAGAUGUGGGAAAAGGCUCUCGAAUGCUUUGCGACCAUUCAAGAGUGCGAGACUAUUCCCGACUCGUCGGCUCUGAUCUAUGCCAUUGGUAUCUGCCAUCAAGGUCUGAAAGAGUAUCCGGGCGCUCUUGAGGCCUUUCAAUGGGUCGCCACUGAAGACGAGGAGAAUCUGGAGGCGCGUGUCAGAAUGGCCAAUGUGCUCGACGAGCUUGGUCGCAAAGCCGAGGCUUUGGAAGUCAUCACUGAGGUCAUCAAAGCUCGGGCGGCAACGCACCGCGAUGCUGGUCGGCCUCCCAAAGGCCGGUCCAAGGUCAUGAGCAAAUCUGAAAAAGUCGGUCAACGUAAACUUACCAAGAGAGUGUUGGAAGAGCAAAUGAAGACUACGAUGCAGAGUCUGUGGGAAGAUGUCCAAGCUGCUGAAGAGGGUAUAGCGAAUGGCGAUCUCCAAGCGCUUGAUAGAUUCAUCGAUGCUGCUGGGACGAUGGUGGAAAACUUUAGGCUGGCGAAGGCGAACUUUAACAAAACGAGGGGUGUGACCAGAAUCGCCAAAUCUGCCAAGCGACCGAAGACGAAUGAUCUGACCAGUGAAGCUCUGGCCCUUCAGGAUCGACUAGAGCGAGCAAUGGGAUUCGAGGAUGAGCAAGAGGAGGCUACUUCGAAAUAUGUCGUGGUUCGUCAAACAUCUUUCUACGGGCUCGAUUGCGAAGAAUGGCUCAGUCUUGUGGUCAAGUACUGCUGCGUCUUAAUGGUCAAGAAUGAGGAGGAUGUCGCCCUUGACAUCCUCGAGCAUGUCAUCUGGUCUGGGCUAUUCAACAACCGAAGAUCAGAGGUCGUCCUCCGCAUGACCAUCAUCA